GAGGUAGGCGCAAAAGUUUCUCUUCAACUCAGCUGCUCCUCUUCUUGCUUUCUCGUAGAAAGAGAGAGAGAGAGAGAGAGAGAGUCUCUCUGGUCGUUGUUCUUGGCUAGCUUGCUCGCUCUUCAUCGAUCGAUCGCAAAUGGCUGAUCUGAACAAUAACAACGGGCCUCGUCGACCCAAUCUCCUUACCAGCAGCGUCAAUGUGAAUCAAAGUUGGAUUUCUACUGCAACUGCCCCCUCAAUUUUCAGUGUUGAGGUGGUUGUGCGUUAUGAAGACGAGGACAACUAUGAGUCUCUGGUUAAAUACGUGGAAAUGACAAAAGCAUUGUUGCCAGAGGACAAAAGGGACAAGAUAAAAGUACCGAAGAAGACAAAGGUUGCAACGAAUAAGAGAACGGACGUACCGGAGUUUGGAGGAAGGCAACAGACGGGAUUCCUCGUUCACAGACACGACAACUUUAUCUACAUACUAACUACUGCGCAUGCGGUUGACAGUGUUUAUCAGAAAGGGGUACAUCAAAUUAGUAUACUAGACCUCAAUGUGGCAUUCUCUUUUAGUAUCAUAUGCACUCACCAUGAGGAGUAUCUUAAGUCUACUCAACCUGAUAUGAAAGUUUCAGAAUUGGUGAGAUCAUAUUCUGCUGCGUCGGUCAUUGCAAUUGAUACUCAGAAGGAUUUGCUCCUUCUUGAAGCAGAAGUGGACCAGCUACGCUUGCAUGAUGUGGAUGAUGAUCAGUUUGUUGCAUGCCCAUUUGAUCACCCUGUUAUCACAAUGUCUCUUUCGCCUCCUGCGAAAGAUGAGCUUGUCCUCAUGCAUGGUUGGCCGCCACACCGAGUGAACUCAUCUGUCUGGGGCAAUGCAAGUCAUAACAAUAGAACUUAUGAUGUUCUGACAAGAUCGAACGUCAAAGGAUAUGACAUGCGGCUUAUGGAGGUUCCUCAGUUCGAUUGCUCUGAUGGGUUUUCUGGAAGCCCAAUACUGAAUGGAGAUUCUAAUUGUGUUGUUGUCUAUCAUGCGAUAAUCAAACAAACCAAGUUUGGAUACUGUAUUAGUUUGGAUGAUGUCAGACGCUUCGUAACCACUGCAUUGAACAAUUAUCUGCCCGCCGGACUCUAAUGACGAGGCGGAGGAUGACUAGAUCGACGACUUAAGUUCUUAAUGAUCUCGGGGAGUUUUGUUUGUGACACGAGGCCAGAGGGUAUAUGUCAGGGAAGCCUGCCAGCUCCUUAGAGCUUACCAGGAAGCCUCUUAAUUAAGCCACCUAUUUAAUUAGAACUAAACUUUAGCUGUUUAAUUAUUCAUGUUAUGUUGAAUUGUCUUAGACAAUAUGCAUGCAAACCUGGUUUAAAAGAGAGCUAAGCUACUAUCUUCCCUUAUUGCUCUCUAGUUGGUAUGUUGUUCCUAAGAUUUCUGUGUAAACCUUAUUGGGGAAGGGUUUAGAGUCUCUCUUCCGUUGGUACUUCCUAUUUAUUCUAAUUAAUUUAUGCUUUAAUUUAUUCUCCUAA